CGGCCAGCUCCGCUCAGCGCUCUCUGCUAGGCCACCGCCUUCAACGGACCGUCCACGCCGCCGCCAUGCCGCCCUACACCAUCGUCUACUUCCCCGUGCGAGGUCGCUGCGAGGCCAUGCGCAUGCUGCUAGCUGACCAGGACCAGAGCUGGAAGGAGGAGGUGGUGUCCAGGGAGACCUGGAUGCAGGGCUCGCUUAAGGCCUCAUGUCUCUAUGGGCAGCUGCCCAAGUUCCAGGAUGGGGACCUCACGCUGUACCAGUCCAACGCCAUCCUGCGGCACCUGGGCCGCUCUCUGGGGCUCUACGGGAAGGAUGCACGUGAGGCCGCCCUGGUGGACGUGGCCAACGACGGCGUGGAGGACCUUCGCUGCAAGUACGCCUCCCUCAUCUACACCAACUACGAGAACGGCAAGGCCGACUACGUGAAGGACCUGCCCGGGCGCCUGAAGCCGUUUGAGACGCUGCUGGCCCAGAACCAGGGUGGCCAAGCCUUCAUCGUGGGCGACCAGAUCUCCUUCGCCGACUACAACCUGCUGGACCUGCUGCUGAUCCACCAGGUGCUGGCCCCCGGCUGCCUGGACUCACUGCCCCUGCUCUCGGCCUACGUGGCCCGCCUGAGCGCCCGGCCCAAGCUCAAGGCCUUCCUGGCCUCCCCCGAGCACCUCAACCUCCCCAUCAACGGCAACGGGAAGCAGUGAGGGGUGAGGGGCCCCUGAGGCAGGGGUGGGCAGCUG